AUGGUUGCAAUCGAAUCGGUUGAGGAUAGACUUUCAACUCUUAGAAGCAAGCUCCGUUUGGCGAAGGCAAAGCAUGAUGCGAAUUCGAUAGACUGCAGAAAGCGAGCCUUUUGUGAUGAGGCCAGUGACAAUGGGCUGAAUGACACAACAUUCUUGGAGAUUUUUGCUGGAGAGGCAGGUUUAACUGGUGCAGUGCGAAGGUUGGGCAUUGUUGCGUUGGAAGCUGUUGAUAUACAUGCGUGCAAUUCUAAUGAUUUACAAUUUGACCUUACAAGGAAUGAGCCUUUCAAAAAGCUGAAGAAGCUGAUCAAGACCAAGCGUGUCCGUUGGUUGCAUUUGGCCCCGCCUUGCAAGACAUUCAGUCGUGCCAGAAGACGCGACAGAUGGGCCAAAGUUCGGAAGUUGAGGUCACACGCCAAGCCAGAAGGGUUGGAACCACGUUCGCGACUUGUCAAGGAAGCAAAUCUUUUGGCUUCACGCAGCGCGCAGCUUGCAAAGUUACAGCACAAGGUGAAAGGACACGAACACCCAGCACUUGUAGGACUUGCGGAAGAUUUUGAAGGCAAUGUGGUUUGGAAAACUUCGUUAGCAGCUGAGUAUCCUGAAGGUCUUUGCAACACGCUUGCAGCGGAAUAUCAAAAUUGUUUGCAGAAAUUUGGUGUCAGACAAGCGAUGGAAGAGGUUCUCACAAAGGAAGGUGACAAGCAGAACAGGCCAGACUCUCAAGUGUGGCGGCGCGAAGUUGAAAACGCGGAGUGCAUAGGAGGCAUGAGAAACCCCGCUUUGUCUGUCUUGCGUGUACCAGGGUUGCGUGGUGUUGGUGCAAAUCUAUUUUGGUUUUUGGAUCAGCUGCAAUUUGAAUAUAAGAGUUUAAAUGAGUUGGUCAAGCACGUAGGUGGCAACAAAAACAGCGUUUUGGAGCCGCUAACAAAACAUUUACAGACCGAGUUUGCCAAGUAUAUGUGCAUUCCAUGGCCAGAGCGAAGUUGCGGAUUGUGGGCGGAACUCUUCAUGAAACUGGUCGACCUGGCAGGAGAUCCUGACAGGGAGGCAGCUACCUGGCCAAAGGCCGGAACACCACUUGGAAUCUGCGAGAGGAUACCACCGGGGGGUGUUUUUCCCCAGGUGGACCACAAACAGUUUUUGACAGAACAAAAUAGACUGGAAGCAAUAGCUGGACUGGUAGGGUCGGAAGGCAAUUACAUUUCAUAUGAUGAGAACAGAGCAGAUGCCGAUGAGCUGUUCAUCAAGGAGAUGGAAAAUGGCUACGUUGACUGGUCCACUGAUCAAGGGUCACUGGAAAAGAAAUACGGACCCUUGGUGCAAUCAAGCAUUGGAGUCAUUGUAAAAUACAAGAAGGACGUGAAGAAGGUCCAUUGGUAUGGGCUAGACUGGCGGCUAUGGUAUCGCGCUUUACGCAGUCCAUGUUUGCGCAUGAUCGUUGCAGAUUGCAAGUCUACGUGGACGACCCGUUGA